AUCUGUGUCUAUCCCUAUAUUCUCCUCAGUUAUUGAACUUGCUGUCCGACUGUCAGGGACCUUUUCAAAAUGCCCAAGAAUAAGGGAAAGGUAUGAUUCCAAACUCUUGCCCUCCCCCCUCCCUCAACGAUAGACCCCGCCUUUUGCCAGACUUUUCGCUUUGUGCCGCCCAAAUUCGCCCCCUUGCUCCUCCCACGAUACCUUCAGCACGAUCGGUGUUUGUGAAGCCUGUAAGGUGCGAACAUCAUGCUGGAGGGAUUAUUUUGGAGCAGACGAACUUGGGUUGCAAAAGCGGUCUAACAAAAGGCGCAUCCAUCCUUCGCCACUGAGACCACAGGCUGACACAAUUAUGCGUACAGGGUGGUAAGAACCGUCGUCGUGGAAAGAACGAGAACGACAACGAGAAGCGUGAACUCGUCUUCAAGGAGGAAGGCCAGGAGUAUGCUCAGGUCGUGAAGAUGCUCGGCAACGGCCGUCUCGAGGCCCUCUGCUUUGACGGCGAGAAGCGACUGGCACACAUCCGAGGCAAGCUGAGGAAGAAGGUUUGGAUCAACCAGGGCGAUAUCAUCCUUCUCUCGCUUCGUGACUACCAAGACGAAAAGGGUGACGUGAUCAUGAAGUACACCGCCGACGAGGCGAGAAGUCUCAAGGCCUACGGCGAGCUGCCCGAGCACGCCAAGAUCAACGAGACCGAUACCUAUGGCCACGAAGGAUUCGAGGACAAUGUCGAAUUCGACGAGGAUCGCGACAGCGAAGACGAGAAGGAGAUCGAUGUCGAUGAGCUCUAAACCCCACCCCACAACCUCCCAUAUCUUUGCAUUCAUACUCCUCCCAAGAGCCACUGGGUUCUUCCCGCCAGCCUCGACGGUUUCUUUGGCCUUUCCUUCUUUUACCGACACCAAGUCUCUUUUGAUUUUUACCCCGGAGAGAACCUUUUACGCCAGUAAAAGGCUCUUCUUGGCACUUCGGUUUUCUUUCGAUUUUCCCUUUAUAUUCCCGGGACGGUGACAGGACGGUGAGGAUGAGAAAUCAUGGCUUGCGGCGCCUUCCCCGC